AAGAGCUCGGUUUUGAAGCAAAGGAUCGCUUGCUGUUGCAUAUGGGUCUCGCCAACGUACGACGGAUCUGCCAGGCGUCGAGGGAUUUGGGCGUAAAAACUUUGAUCGACGCCGAACACGUGAAGAUCAACCCUGGCAUCGACCUUCUCGCCUUGGCCCUGAUGGCCGUCUUUAACAAGGACCAGCCGCUCAUCGGGCACACGUACCAGUGCUACCUGACGAGUACCCAGGAUCGUUUGGAGCGCCACCUUGCGCUGGCGGCGUCGCUUGGAGUUAGCUUUGGGGUGAAGCUGGUUCGUGGAGCCUAUAUGGACUCCGAGCGGAGGAGGGCGCUCUCGGCAGGAGAUUCCAGCCCCGUCUUCGGCACGUACGAAGAGACUAACAACAACUACAACAGGCUGCUGCGUCGGCUUAUGUGGUUCGUUGCUGACUCUGAACGGGAGUGCAACCUGGUCGUGGCAUCUCACAACGAGGAAUCCAUUCAAACAGCAAUUUCAGAGAUGCGAGCUUUAGGGCUGCAGCCUGACGAUCCCCGAGUCAGCUUUGGCCAGCUCUUGGGAAUGUAUGACCAGACGACCUUCCCCCUUGCUCUGGGUGGCUACAACGUCUACAAGUCCAUCCCGUACGGUCCUCUGACCGAGCUGCUCCCGUACCUGGCCAGGCGGGCGAGCGAAAACCGAGCGGUGCUGCGGAGUCCCGCGCGGGAGCGCUGCAUGCUCGCCCGCGAGAUACGCCGCCGCCUUGUGCCUUCCUUCGGACGACGGUCGACAAGUGCCACCGUCGACGGUCAAUCCGGCAGCGGCAGUGGGCCCUGAGCUGACCACCUGGAUUGACGUCCACAGUAUAGGAGGUAUAC